GUAUAUUUCAACCGAGAUCGGUUAGUGGUGUUGUAGCAGCUGGCAGGACAAUUCAUGGAACAAGUCACUACAUUAAUUCUAAAAUCGUUCUUUGUGGAUUCGAAAACAAAAAUUAAUAGCGAAGCAGCUUCCCUUUGUGAUCACUUAGUAGAACUCUAUUUAUCAGGUUAGGCUUUCUCUGGGUUAAUUGUAUACUUUUCAGAGGCCCUUACUCGAUCUAUUGCUAUUGCCAAGCAAAACAAAAGAACAUCAGUUUCCCCCGAAGAUUUCGAGAACAUCAUUGUCCAAAUUUUCCUAGAUUUUUCUGCUUGAUCUCCACAAUGGCGUUGACAGAAUUAAGAAACCUAUUGUUAUUGGUACUAGAUAUGACUCCCGCCACAUGGGGUUCUUGUAAAAGUGAAUUCGGUCUACCAAAUUGCAUUGAGGCAGUCCUUGGUUUCGCAAAUAGUCAUUUAAUGUUGUCUCCACAUAAUGAAUUAGCAGUAAUAGGAGUUACACCUUCGAAAAUAAAGUUUAUUUAUCCAAACGACUUGGAGCCCCCUACUAGUGCUUCAAAUGACGGCCAGAAUGAUGCACUUAGCUGUAUGAAUAACACUGUCAGGCAACUAGCAUUAAGCCUUGUAACCUCCUGUUCCUCUACAAGCACACAAAUUGUUUUGGCUGGUGCGAUAAUAAAAGCAUUGUGCUAUUACCUUCGGCGCUGUCGUGAAUUACAGCCGUCUACAAGACAUUUAGAUGAUUCCUUGGAGAUGACAAUGGAGAUUAGUGAAGGAAGUGAAAAGAUUUCCUCUCGGAUACUGAUUAUUAAGGCGUCUGAUGACAAUUCUUCUCAAUACUUAGCGUUGAUGAAUUCUGUGUUCACAGCUCAAAAGCUUCAUGUUCCAAUAGACACAUGUGUGUUAUCAUUACCACAACAGUCAGAUAAUUUAAAUGGCAGGUGUGGGCCAUGUUCUCUCGGACACUCAAGUCUUCUUCAACAAGCUGCAGAUCUAACUGGUGGAAUUUACUUGCAAGUGCCAAGAGUUUCUGGUUUGCUACAGUAUUUGUUAUCAGUAUUUUUGCCAUCGUCUAAAAUGAGGACAUCUCUCUUACUUCCAGAUAGUCGAUCCAGUGGUUUAUCGUUUGGUGUUGACUUUCGAGCUGCAUGCUUUUGUCAUAAACGAUUGAUAGACAUUGGUUAUGUUUGUUCGGUAUGCUUGUCUGUAUUUUGUGAGUUUAAUCCGAUAUGCCCUACUUGUAAUACACCUUUUUUGUUACCAGCUGUACAAAAUAUGUGAAUAAAUGCAAAACAAGAGACUUGUUCUUUUCUUCUUGACAAUGUAUAUUUACUUGAGAUGCUUAUUCGCAUUAUAGAUGUCUGACGAACGUCCAAUGAAAAAAGCAGAAAAACACAAGCUAUCUGAUCCACUUGACGAUGUAGCUUGGAAAAUUAUGCGAAAAAUGGGUUAUGAACAUGGUCAAGGAUUGGGUGUUAAUGCUCAUGGUGUAGUUGAACCGGUUGCAUUGAGUAAACAAAAAGGCAGAAGUGGUCUCGGCUCAGUAAAAACAACAUCAUCAUUUGAUAAAAAGAUUGAAUCGUUCUCAGGCGAACUCUACCAAUCUUCCAAUCCAAAUUUAGUCUGGCAUGAAGGUUGUGAUGAUGAUUAUACUACAGCUGAUGGAGAUUAUACCUGGUCAUGGUCAAUGGAAGGCGAAUGUCCUACUAAUACUUUAUCGGAAUUAAAGUCUCUAAUUAUCAGUCCCGAUGAACUGGAGGCUUUAGGUCCGCCUAUUGAAGAGUUGGAUAAUGAAGAUAAAUUCUGCUCGAUUCAUCUUGUUCAGGAAGUUUUAAACUAUAAGAAUCAGUUGGAUUAUUUAUCAAAAUUGAAUGUCACUAAAAGUCAUGAACGUUGUAAUCCAUAUGAACUGAUAAAAAAGGGGAUUUUUAUGAACAGGGCUGCAAUGAAAAUGGCCAACAUCGAUUCAAUCUUUAAUGGAAUGUUUACAACUGCUGCUCCGAAAGAUGAUAUAUUAUAUUUUGCUGAUAUUUGUGCUGGUCCUGGAGGUUUCUCAGAAUAUACUUUAUGGCGACGAUGUAAUGCUCCAUAUCAUACUCACUCAUCAAACACUACACUUAGUCCUAAUCAUCAUUCCAAUAUCAAUGAUAAAUUACUAGAGGAUACCAUGGAAUCUAUCGAUCAUAACAGUCCUACUAAUAAUACUAGUACUACUUCAGAGAAACAACAACCAUUACUGUCUGCUAAAGGAUUUGGUUUAACACUAACUGGUCAAUGUGAUUUUCGUGAAAAUGAUUUCUUGGCUGGUCCAAAAGAAGCUUUUAUGGCACAUUAUGGAGCAGAACGUGAUGGGGAUGUUACAAAAUGGUCGAAUUUAGCCUCAUUCGCAUCAUUUAUUGGUCGUAGUACAAAUAAUGCCGGUGUACAUAUUCUAAUGGCAGAUGGAGGUUUCGAUGUAUCUAGUCAGUAUAAUCUUCAAGAGGUUAUGUCUAAACAAUUGUACUUAUGUCAGUGUUUAUGUGCAUUAAUCAAUCUUAGACCAGGUGGACAUUUUUUAACAAAAUUAUUUGAUACAUUCACUGAAUUCACCAUUGAUAUAAUUUAUAUAAUGGGUUAUUUAUUUGAAGAGAUUUACAUUAUAAAACCUGUAACUAGUCGACCAGCUAAUUCAGAACGUUAUUUAGUAUGCAAAAAUUUACAAUCCCCUUUAAACACAAUGGCUGGUUGUUUACCUGCUCCCAAAUCAUCAUCAUCAUCCAUGACAAGUCAUUCAGAUUCUACUGAUCAAAAGUCAAGUUUCCGACAGAAGACACGUAAAUUUCCCGGUCAACAUCAUCAACAACAAACAACCAUCACAAAUAGUGUUGUUGAUGAUAUGGAAGCCAGUAAAAAGUUUGGCAUUCUAACUGAUAUGAAAGAGUCCGGUUCACUUGGUCUAGUGAUCAAUCAUUUUUUGCAAGUUAAUGAAAAGUUAAAUCAAAUUAAAACAAACCAAUCAUUAUCGUCAACCAAUCCUAAAUUGGAUGUAUUAAGAAUAUGUCAUACUGAAAUGAUUGAACGUGAUGAUAAAUUUAUGCAAUUUAUUCAGGCGAUGAAUGAAGAUUUGGCUAAACAUCAGUGUGUUGCUUUGUCAAAACUAUUAGCAUUCUCUCAAAAUCAUAGUCUUACUGAAACGAGACAAGAUGAAUUGUAUAGAGCAUGUUUAGAAAAAUGGAAGAUUCCAAUAACAGAACGUCGACCUAUCCCUUGGCCUUUAUUAUCCACUAAUCGUUCAGCAAUUAUUCGUCGUUUAUUAGGUGAUAGUGAAAAUUUCACAUCACUCAAUGCGUUACCAUCAGAUUAUCGUCCAAAUAUACGUCUUACACCGUUUACUAAUGCAAAUAUAAAUAAUUUAGAUAUUUUAUAUCAUAGUCGAAUUGCUUUAGUAUGCGGUAAUCCAUCGAUUACGUCAACUUCUGAACCAGCUCAACCAAUGUUCAUUUAUUCACAUGGAUCUGCAGUUACGGAUACAUAUUGUACUGUAGAUGGUGAUCAAUGGAACAGAUUAGAUCAAAUGAUACCUAGACUUAAUCCACGACUUCCACCAAGCACCUUAAUUUGGGGUCAACCAUUUUAUGAAUAUGCUGUAAAGAAUGGUUUACGAAAACACGGUUUAUUUAUAUAUGAUGUUGUGUGCAUCUACGGUCGAGAUUGUCGUAAAUUACCAUACAGGAAGAGAAUGGAACUAGCUGAACAAAUGACCAAUAUAAUUAAUUUUCCAGAUAUGACUUCAUCCAACGUUCGUGUACCACCAUUUCUAAGAUUAUCAGAACUAGUUAAUUAUGUAAAAAAACUACCUCUUCUACCAUGUAAAGAUUCACCAACACUUGUGCCAAUGCAUUGUUUACCCGACGGUUUUACAUUCCAACCACAUUCGUUGCUACUAGUACAACAUAUGACAGAUAAUUGGACUGAAGAGAUUAGUCGGAGUACUGGAAAAUUGUAUUACUUCAACCGAUUGAAAUCUGAAUCUACUUUCGAUUUACCAGAAAGUGAACACUUAUCAUUCACUGAGACACAUUUCACAAAACUACCUUGGAUAACAGAACAAAAAUAUUGUCCAAGUGUUACUACUUUAAUACAAUAUUUAGAGAAAAUUUCAGAUCCUUAUUCAUAGUUGUGAGAUGAUGUUGUAUAAUUAUCGAUGGGUUUCCAAUUUUUCAUUUUCACACACACAAACACUUUUGUAUGUUUCAUUUUUUUCUUGUUUAACCCAUGGUAUAAAAAUAUUUUUUUGUGAUUCGCAAAGUUUGUUUUACCGCAAAAUAUUUUCAUUGAUUUAUGAGUGGAGUGUAAAGGAGGAUGAGGGUUUUCCUCUUUCAAUCACGAAGUUGGUCAUAGGAUUAUUUUGUAGUAAAGUGGUUGAAGUUGUAAAACUAUUUAUCAACGAUUUUUUGUAAUAAGAUAGAUUCCAUCCUUUGCUGUGUUUUUUUUUCGGGUUUGUACAAAAUGUAAUAUUUCUUACUUUAAGUUUGAUUGGCUUCCACAAGAUUUGUCAUUGUCAUACAGUCUUUCCAAAGCUGAUCGUAAUAUCUUUGGUAAAAUAUCAUGAAUUCAUUUGGC